GUGGUACUUAUAAUCUACUUUUAUUUUCUCUUUCAUUUCAAUACAAACAAGUACAAGUUAGUCAAAUCAACCAUUCUCAAUCACACUCAAUGACGUCAAUGAGUAUGACUUUCAAUACUUUCAUUAUUAACAAUAUCACCUGUUAUUGAUUAACCCAAUAAUUGCCAUCAAUUAUCAAUCAAUAGAAAGGAAAAAUUGAAUGAUCAAUAAUGAUAAUAGUUUAUGCAUACGCUAAAUAAUUAAAAAAUCUACAUUUUUACUACUAUUUAUAUAUGAAUGUAUUAUUAUUAUGAUUAUUCAUUAUGACAAUACUAAUAUUAAUAAAAUUCCAUAUUGAUACAAAUUGCUGAAAUACUGUGAAAUUACAAUCAUUGAUCAUUCCAUCAUGAUGCCAUUCCAUAUUCCAUGGCCAUAUUAUCAUAUUCAUAUUAAUAUUUCAUGGCAUAGACCCCCCCCCCCCCAAAUCAACAAGUUCAUAGAAUGGAUUUUAGUAUUUUUAGAUCAGGGUUGGGCCACAUAUGUACUCUAAAUAAAAUCAUUUGAGUUUGAAAAUUAAUAAUCACAGUGUAAACUUGUCAAACUAAUAAUACAGCAAAUAUAACAAUUAUUCCACUGCUUAUUUGCAAACUGAACUCGGAAUGAACUUUCCAAGGGGACAACUGCCCUAAGCAGCACUUGAGAUUUUACAUAUAUAGGCCUAACACAACAGCAUAAAAAUGUAUGUGUGUGUUAUGGGUGCACACUUUUGGGAGUUUGUCUAGGUAGAAUAAAGUCAAGGUCUGCUCUUGACUCCAGACAGUGACGGUGGAAAGAAGCAUGGAAGCCCUCAUUGGUGUUAAAGUCAAGAGCAACAUAAGUGGAGUGGAUACCAUGUGAUGUAGGAAUAGAUGCAAACAAAAGGAAAACCCCUUCCUAGGGUAAUCCAGUCGAAGACAUAAUUUCUUGUAGCCUGUCUAGGUACAAAUUCAUAGCUGAAAGCCCACUUCCGAGAGGAGGGUUUUUUUAUUUAUUAAUGGGACAGAUAUAAAAGUCUUAUUUGCCCUUUGCAUGCGAAGAUGACUAAGGCUUCAACUUGCGUAGAAGUCUUGGCUUGAGAUGUAUUUUGUUUAAAGUGAGGCAGAGUUGCUGAAUUUGUCAACCUCACUCUCUCAUCAUUUACUGUUUGUUCCAAUGGCAAGACUUAGGCAAGUUACUGUAAAUAGACAAGGAUGCAGCAGAAGACCAGCAGUGUUUCUUGUGUCUGAUUGUGCUCUUUAUGUGAUCCAUGUCACAUGAGUUGUCAGAAUUUUCAUUGUGUCAAUGUAAUAAUGCCUAAGGGACUCCAUCUACAAAUUUGAUUUCAGAGUUUGUCUGUUCUUGACGAGUUGCUAUCCAAGGUUAACUAGUUCCAUCCUCAUGUGGUGUUGGUAUUGUUUUUUGAUCUUCUGGGCUUUUGUUGGGGAUUGAACUACAGUCCACACGCUUGAGAUUGAGUUGGUUUAGACCACUCAGCGACAGGAAUUAACUUAGUGUUGAAAGUGUGUCUUUGAGAACUAGUAGCUUUUUUCCUAGGUUGGAAAACAUGUAUUGUGUUAUAAUUAGCUUGUAUACUGAAUGAUCACAUGGAUAGAUAAUUUUAUAAUCACUAUUCUGUUUUUUUCUCUUUAGGUUGACAAUGGCAGGUACAAAUUUUGUGAACUUGAUUAAAACCAGAGGAUUUUUUGAUUUAAUUAAAAUCAUUUACAAAGGACAAGAAUGUUUCAUGUUUGACUAUGGACCACUUGGCUCUCGUUUUAGACAGAAUGUUCAAAAGCAUUGGUAUGUAAUUUACAAUUGUAUUGUGUCUUUUAUAUCAUCUCUUUCAGCAUUUAGAAUUUUGAUUUUCUAUUGGAAACCAACAAAACUUAUUUCAUGUUAACAUUAAUGUGUUUAAACCAGUUAAGUACUUCUUAAUUAUACAUACUUUGACUUCUUAGCAUUCUAAAAAUAUCAUUUAGGUGGGAUCUAAUGGUUCACCAGCAGCAGAAUGUAUUUCCUGUGGAAAGUCCAGCUCUUAAAUCAGUGAAUAUAAUGAACCAUAGACAAGAAGAAACAAUGUGAUUAUUAUUAAUUUUUUUUUUAAAUUCUUCACUAUUUCUAUUUGGUGAUUUAAAUAUUUUAUUAAGGACUUUUUAAUUCAUAAUUUUUUAAAAUUUAUAGUUUAUUUUAUAUUGAAAAUAUAUGUAUAUAUAAGUUUAUCUUGGCUUUAAUAAUUUUUGGAAAUAAAGUUAACAGCUAUUUUUUCUGCUUCCAUUUACAACAGAUCUCAAAACAGUAUUUUUUUAAGAGAAACGUUACAACAAGGUAUGCGUUCUUAUUCCUUAAGCUUUAUUACAUAAUAUAAAAUCAUCCAUAUGGAGCAUGGGUAGGCAACCAGUGGCAGCCCCAAAGUUGCAGCUGUUGAAUAAAUCAGACAAAAAUUUAAAAGAUGAAAGCUGUCAAAAUUGUUAUUUAUGUUUGGUAUAUUAAACCUUUAAAAAGAAAUCAUAUCUCAAAACGACUACUCCUUCAUUUCUUGACAUUCAAACAAUAAGUGAAAUAAACACCAAAGUAUGUUUAAAGAAGUUCAUUUUUGGUACUCAUCUCACAUUUAAUUCAAAGCUUUUCUCCUUCAUAUAUCAUUGAUUGUCCUCCAUGUUUUUUUCCCCUCCCUUUGUAAAUUUUUCACUUUGUUCUAAAAGUACUCAGACCAGAGCUACAUAAAUAAAUAUUAUAGUAAUGGUAAUAAAUACAGUUUCAUUUAAAGAAUAUUACAUUUCUAUUUUAUUUUUUAACUUUUCAGAUUGCAUAUCAAAAUAUCUUCAAAUUUUGAAAUUGACCAACAACAAGCUUCCUAUAUCAGUAGCCAGUGUUGGCGCCUGUAUCCUGUCCAGUGCAAUACACAGUGAUCAACCACAAGAAAGACAAUUUUUGUUUGGGUGAGUCCAUGAUCUUUAUCUCGUUCACUCAACACAUUUUUGUUUCAUUUUUAAGUUACAACUUUUAAAAUUGUUUGCUAAAUAGAAAACGUUUACUUAAACCAAGUGGUAAUAGCGGUACCCAUGAUUAUCUAAUACUGGCUAGAGUGAACUUUUUAUUAUUUUAAAGCAAAAAUAAUUAUUUUUCUUGAUGGACAAUGGAAUUGUAAACAAUUGUAAGCGUCUUGAUGGGAUCACAGCCACCACAUAACUGUUGGUGGCCCCCUGCCACUUUUCAGUUUUGAGCCCCCCUGCAUUCAAAGUUGAUAGUUUAAGUUUAAACUAUUUUCACAUCACACAUUUGGGCCCCUUGAAUAUCUUAGGCCCCCAGCAGCCACAGUGGUUUCAGGGCCAACAAAACAGGUCUGGGUGGGAUAUAUGUCAUGUUAAGGGUAAUAAGUGUCUUCAUGGGAUAUGUGCAGGGCUGAGCAAAGGAUUUUUUCGCCCUGAGUAAAUCCAUAUUUGGGGCAUUCACAAAUUUCAAAAUAAUUGUAUUAAGCUUAUCGAUAUCUGCCCUUGGGGGCACCCUGGCAGAGCCUUAAUUGAUUAAGUGUGUUGCCUUUGACUCUGCAUGGCCCUCGAUAUGUGUCCAUGUUAAUGAUGUUUUAAAUGGGACAUGUAUCUAUGUUAACUGUCUUGAUGCGAGAUUUGGUUUUUAUGACUUUAAAUUUAUUGCUAGUCUCAUGGUAGUAAUUUGUUAUAAAUUUAUUGCUAGUCUCAUGGAGUAAAUUGGUAUAAAUUUAUUGCUAGUCUCAUGGUAGUAAUUUGGUAUUUAUGACUUUAAAUUAAUAGCUAGUCUCAUAGGAACUCAAAUUUAACAUUUUAAUUUGAUACCAUGUUAGUCAUUCCAGAUGACUGUAAUAAUAUUCGUUGUACCUCAGGGGAUCCAACAGGACAUGCUUGUUGCUGCAGAACUACACAUCUCCCUCUAAUAUAAAUACUACACUUGACUUCUGGGUUCAACUUAGAUUAUCAUGGUGGAAAAAGGUAAAUUCUCAGAAACUUAACAGAGGUUUGUAACAUAUAUGCUUGUCAUUGUUCAGAAACUUUUUGUGCUGAUGAUUCAGAUGAUCGUCUUCCUUUUUAAUGAAGAAAGAAUGGAAGAAAAGAGCACAUUUAAUUAGCUUAUAUUGUUUUAUGUUAAUGUAUUUUUUAAAUCCUUUAUAUUAACUUAAAUUUUGUUCAUGUGUUUCUUUGUUUCUGUGUGGCGUAAAUGUUCAGAAAGCUAAAUGACCCACUUCCUGUUAUCCUUUCGAGCAGAAAGACACAUAGACUCAUUGCCGAUAGCAACACAUUCAAGGGGAUAGGAAUGAUAAUGAUUUGUUCAACGUAUGCAUGUUUUGGUGUGUUGGUUAAUUAUGUAGCUGUUGUUAUGUGCUUUGUAUUUGAGAUGUAAAUGGGCAUGCAGUAAAAAUAUAAUUUAUUUUUGAAGGGGAAAAAAUGAAGGAAAUGUGAAACAUGUUUUCACCAGUAGUUUACCCAUUUAUUUACAUUACCGCUUCUUAAUAAAUGUACAAUUACAUAAAUGCUAAACAAAAAAAAAGCAUGCAAAGAAUUUAUUCUAAAAUCUUUUUUUAGGGGUUGUUUAUUUUACAUGUAGGUUCUAAUACUUAUAUUCUAAUGCAGUGGUUCUCAACCUUUCUAGUGCCACGACCCUUUAACACAGUUUCUCGUGUUGUGGCGACCCCCAGCCACACAAUUAUUUUCGUUGCUACUUCAUAGCUGUAAGGAUAUGUGUUUUCAGAUGGUCUUAGGCGACCCCUGGAAAAGGGUCCCGCGACCCCCAAAGGGGUCGCGACCCACAGGUUGAGAACCGCUGUUCUAAUGUGAUCAAGUUCUCCUAGACGUUCAUCCAAUGUGAGAGCUCUCUUCAUGUUUUUGCAGUUUUCAAAUAUUCCAGGAAACUUUUCAGUAACAUCAAAAACAUUAAAUGACAUCCACCCACCACCUGGCCAUGCGACCAGUGGUCACAAUAAUCAGACUUAUAGGGCCAUUGCUUACCAAUUUCCAUGGGGUCCUGAAGUGGUUGAAGAAGUGAAAAAUGUUGGAGACAAAGUAUUCAGGGAUCUUCAAAAUGAUGAAUUGGAAAAAUACAUGGUAAAUUGAAUACACCAGUUGCAAAUAUGUACCUUUCACAUUAUUUUUAUAAUAGUAUCACUUUUGUUUGUUUUAAUUACUGUCAAUGCCAAGGCCUAAUUAAAAAAAACUGGAAUAAUACAUCUAUAUUCUGCCAUUCAUAUUUCAUUACUCAAGAGAAGAUUAAAUUUGACCCAUGAAUUUAUUAAGUCAUGUGUUAUAUUGUCUCAGGGACAGAUGUUUGGGAAGACAGCCUGUCUACCACAUUGUAUUGAGUGCGAGACAAGUAUAGAAGCUGCAACGGCUGCCUGGCUGGUAGAUAGCUAUUAUGAACGACCAACCAGCAAAACAGCUGACAGAAAACACAAUAUGGUAAAUAUUUAUGGCUAUUGAUUUAAUAUGGGCCACAUGUUGCCAAUGUUUUUAUUCCUUUCCGUUAAAGAAAAACACUUCUGAAUUAAGAUUAAUGUACAAGGAAAGAUGGUUUUUACCACACUUUAUCAUUACGGUAUCAUAAGAAAGCUCUGUCGCUUGCACAAUAUGAUAAAUCAUUACAAAGAAUUAUCAUGACUGUGUUUGAGACGUUUUAAAUUGUUUAUUUAAGUUCAGUAGUUGUUUUUUAAAUAUGCACCAUGUGUAAUAAAAAGAAAAUUCAAUACAGCCAGACAGCUUUUGUAUAUUGAACUUAAAAGCUUCUGAUGGUUUAUUUUAAGCCUUAUUUUUUACUUAUCGUUUGCUAUUUCCAAGUAUUGUUGGCAAAAAGCAAAAUAUUUUUAACCGUAACACAAUUUAAAGUCGGACACUUUUUUUUACCAUUUAUUCUACUUAAAGAAGCUGAGAGAUGUCUGUAAAUAAUGAACAUGAUGUACCCCUCAGGUUCUAAAACUUCACCCACAAAUAGCACCCUUUCAAGUUGCCAUAGCGAUUAACUCAGCCUCCAAGGCACCAUCUCAUGAAAUGCAUCAUGUUUGCAGUCAUCUGGAAAGAGAAUUUAAAGCUGCAGGGGUUACUUGUUUCAACACAUCUGAACAUGGAAGCUCACCAGAGGCCCAUUUCAGAAGGUAAUAUAUUUUAAAUGAAAUGCACUUGACAUCACAUUUUAUAGUACGGUACCGAAUGACUUUAUAUUCCUAGAAAUUAUUUUAGUUUAAAUGUCCACCUAGUAGAUAUGUUGAUAUUUAUUUUUUUGUACUUUUACAAAUAUCAUUAUAGUUUUAUUUUCACAACAGCACAGACUUUAUUACUUCUAGCCCUGGCCACAAAAAAAACAGGAUGUGGGAUAUUUUGGGAACAAAAUUCUUCAAACCUUGUAAAAUGGUCACAUGGUGUAAAACAUUAGAAUUAUCCUUCAGUCUUUCAGACAUUAUUUGAAAUAUUUACCUUGUUAAAAGAAGAAGAAAAAAAAUUAAGACAUAUUUUUAAAACUUAAUUAUGUCAACAAUGAAAAUAGACCUUUUGAUUAUUUAUUUCAAUAUUUUAGUAUUUUUUAAUUUUUUUUUUAAAAUCCACUGUUUCAAUUGAUUUAGUUUGCAAGUUGAUUGAAGUGUCAACAUGAUUUUUGUUUCAGAAAUGAUCAGCUUGGUAUACCAUACACAGUCAUUGUGAAUGAGAACACAAUGAAUGAAGGGUUGAUACAUACAAGACAUAGAGACACACAGAUACAGGUACCUGUAUUAUAGAUGGAUGACUGGGAAUAGAAAUUUGGACUUUAAAUCGGUGCCAGAACUAAGAACCAUAACUGUCUGGUCAGGGAGAGAACAUAUAACAAACAUAAAGGAAUUAAUUGUAAGGUGCUUUUUAGUCAUUACAUCAUUGUGUGUACACAAUUGAGGAAUGCACCAGACAUGUUUAUUUUAAAAAACAAACAUACAUUUUUUGUUUGUUACAUUUUUUAUAAACUUUGUUUCAUCUGAUCUGUAGUGGUAAGUUUAAAAUGUAGAAACUCUUCACCAUGACAUUUAAUCACCCUUUGAACUUUGUUGUAUUCAACAGUCACCAUCAGCUAUUACAGAAAUUGUUGGAUUGCUCACUCAAAGCCUUAGGACACCAUUGGAAGAUCAGAACACUAACUAAAACUGUCAUUUACGACUCACAAACCAAAUUAUAUACAUAGCAACAUCAUAAAUAAUUUCCCAUAAAUACCCACCUAAAAAUUAUUUUAACAAAUCAUUUUUUAACCCAUUAAAAUCCAGGGGGGAAAAUAUUAAAAGAUUAAUGGAACAAAUGUCAGACCUGGCAGUCCUAUUAUGAUUUAAUGUUGCUCUUAUUCCUAUUAGGUUCUCGUUAAAGUGGUUAGCUUUUUUUUUAAAAAUGGCUCAGUGUAACUGAUGUGAUGCCAAUUUUAAGUAUUUUUUUAAGUUAAUUUCAAUUCUAUACGGUAGCCUAAUUCAAAUGUUUCAGUAUUAAUUAUAGGAAUAGCAUCUCAUAGAUUAUAUAUUUAUUUCUUGGGGAUUUAAAUGCUAUUAAUUAAUUCUGAAGUAUUUGUGGUGUCUAAAUUUCGAGUAAACUUGUUUGGCUCACCUUGCAAAUAUUUAAAUGAGCAGGUGGGCAAAGAGAAGUGUUGAGUUUCACAGUAAUCAAACCAAGUUCUUGUUGAAGAUAAGAAUCAAUUCUUUUAUACUAUACACAGUAACGUUUUCCUUCUUUUUUGUUGAUGAAAAAUAUUUAAAAGUUUUUUGUUGGAAUAGGAAUAGUGAAUGACUGAAUUCAUAUCCCAUUGUUUUGUUUAGAGAAUGUAAAUAGUUAAAUUAUUUCAAGAACAAAGUGAAUUUAAUGUUGAUGUCAAUGUUUAAUGUAGCUUUUUUGUACAUUUAAUUGACAGAAGUAAUGCAUUUUCAAGAGUUUAGGACACACUUUUUCCACCUCAAAAUAUGGGGC